AUGAAAAUGUUCCAACCUCGUCGCGGCUUCAGUUGCCAUUUGGCAUGGUUCAUGCUGCAGACGACCCUCUACGCAUCCUGGCUACUGGGACUGUUCCCCUUCACUUUCGAUUCCCGGAGAAAGCAGUUGAAACGCUCCCGAUGGCUUCUCCUCUACGGUUUCGUUCUGCAUUCUCUGGCCAUGUGCCUAGCCAUGAGUAGCCACUUGGCAUCCAAGCAGCGAAGGAAAUAUAAUGCAUUUGAGCGCAAUCCGCUGUUGGAGAAAAUAUAUAUGCAAUUUCAGGUUACUACAUUCUUCACUAUAAGCGUACUACUGCUCAUGAAUGUUUGGAAAAGCAACACGGUUCGGAAAAUUGCCAAUGAACUACUCACCCUUGAGGGCCAGGUAAAAGACCUUCUCACUCUGAAGAACUGUCCCAACUUUAACUGUUUCGUGAUUAAAAAACAUGUGGCUGCAAUAGGUCAGUUCGUGAUUUCAAUUUACUUCUGCCUAUGCCAAGAAAAUUCGUACCCGAAGAUCCUUAAGAUCCUUUGCUGCCUGCCAUCGGUGGGCUUGCAGCUGAUUAUAAUGCACUUUCAUACCGAAAUCAUUUUGGUCUACCGCUAUGUGUGGCUGGUCAAUGAAACCCUCGAAGAUUCACACCAUCUAAGCUCCUCAAGAAUUCACGCACUAGCAUCCUUGUACGAUCGCCUGCUGAAGCUGAGUGAAUUGGUGGUAGCGUGCAACGAUUUGCAACUGAUCCUUAUGCUAAUUAUUUAUUUAAUCGGAAACACUGUGCAAAUCUUUUUCCUCAUUGUGCUCGGAGUAAGCAUGAAUAAGCGGUAUAUUUACUUAGUGGCUUCCCCACAAUUGAUCAUCAAUUUCUGGGACUUCUGGCUGAAUAUCGUGGUGUGUGAUCUUGCCGGAAAGUGUGGAGACCAAACAUCAAAGGUCCUGAAACUGUUCACUGAUCUGGAGCACGACGAUGAAGAGUUAGAGAGAAGUUUGAAUGAAUUCGCAUGGCUGUGCACCCACCGCAAGUUUCGGUUUCAGCUGUGUGGUCUCUUUUCCAUUAACCACAACAUGGGCUUUCAAAUGAUCAUCACCAGUUUUCUAUACCUGGUUUACCUGCUUCAGUUUGACUUCAUGAACUUGUAA